GUUUUCAGUUGCGUUCUUUCUUUCGGUUUAAUUAGACGUUUCAUUUGUGUUUGCUACAUUCGUUCGCACGUCCGCAUGUUCUUAAUAUACAUACAUAUAUACACAUAAAUGUAGAGAUAUGUAGUAGCAAUCGCAUUUAUACAACACACUAUAUAAAAUCGUAUAUACGCCGCGUUUUACUGUAUAUUUUUAUUGUGUUUUUGAUUCGAAUACAUUGUCCGCGUAUCACAUUAAAGUAGAAUUUUGCAAAAUUUCUUAUGAUUUCGUGUCGGUCGCGUGUUUUUAUUAUUGUUCCUGCAAAUGUCUUUGUUUUUAUGAUUGCCCAAAAAUUUUAUUGCUUGGCAAUUUUGAAUUUCAUCUGCUGAAUGAUGCCGCUGGCUGGCGGGCUAAAAGUGCGCCUAGAGUCGCUCAAAUCACACCAAUUAAUAUACUAUGUAUGAAUGAAACGUGUAAAAAGCGCGUGAAAAGUGUUGAAAAAUAUUAUGAAAAAAGUGAAAAACAAAAGUUUGUGAACCAAAAAAAAAUUCGAAAAAUAAAGUUUUAUAAAAAUAGUAAUAGUGGCUGGACUCAGCGUCGCACAAGUGAAACAGAAAUUUCGUAAAUACAUAUACACGUGUGUGCAUAUGUUUAUGUGUAAGUUGGUGUAAAGAAAAUAUAAAAAUUAAUUCCGCUUUUAAAUUAUCAGCGGAAAGAAAAGGGUUUGUCAGCGUGACGUCUUUUUGUUUAGAUAACAGCGCGCUUAUCAGCACAAACCGGAAUGGACGUCGAUAACAUGGAUAAAUAAACGCUACCAAUGUGAUUAGGCAAAUUCAAACCAAAGAAGACUGAACAAAAAAUAAAUCAAAAAAAGAUAAAACAAAUAGAACACUGAUAAGGUUAAACUAAAGAAAAACCACAACAACAAUACGACAAAAAAAUUUAAAACAAGUAAACAAAAAAUACAAAACUAGCAUAAUACAACAUUUGUGCCAUCUAUGGACUUGCAGCAGUAUACCCUUAACAUGCAACAAUGUAAUGUGCCAAAACCUAUUAUAUAAAACCUAAAACUACAACAACUAAAAAAGUAAAAAAAGUAACGAAACCAAAGAUCUUAAACCAAAAUUAGUACAUAACACCAAAUCGAACCACCAAAAAUUAAAAAAAAAAAUAAAUAUAUAAAAAGAAGAGGAAGACAAAAAUCACCAAAAAUGUCGGGCAUAUUUCGUACGCAUUCAUUGAACAGCACCAGUCACUCAACGCCGCAGAAACGCUACUCCUUUGGCGCUUUUUGCACGAGUCCGAGCACACUGAAGGAUGUUACAAUGGAGCAUUCAUAUGGUGUUGGAUUUCCCUGUGUCAGCCUACAGGGCCACGGCACGACCUCGCCGCCGGUGCAGGGUCGCUCCGUGCGCGAAUUCGAAGAGCAAAUGGCAUCGCUGCGCAAAGAAAAUUUCAAUUUGAAGCUGCGUUUAUAUUUCCUCGAGGAGAGUGUGCCAGGUUAUCAUCAAGCGAAUGCCGAGGGUCAUGAUUCGCUUAUGAAGCAGCUGAUCGAAACAAAGGUUGAAAUUGAAAUUUUACGUAAGGAACUGGAGCAGAAACAGGAGUUAUUAAAGGAAGCUGCGCAAGCUAUGAAUCACAUGGAGGAUAUACAGAAAGAAACUGAGUCAAAGGGGCAGGCUUUUAUUGAAGAACUCAAGCAGAAGAUACAGUUUUUGGAGAUGGAACGCGACUUGGAUAAGACUCAACAAAGCGGUUUUAUGAACGAUUUGCUUGGACAUUCAGAGAUUUCGGAAAAUGUCAAUACUUUACAAAAAAUACGUGAACUUGAGGGCAUGGUCACACAGUCGGAGAGCAAAAUAAUGGCAAUGCAAACACAGAAUAACAAGUUCGAAGAGCUGCUUGCGAAGCGUGAUGAGACAAUCAAGGAAUAUGAGGAGAAAGUGAAGGAAUUGGCUUUCCAAAAUGCUGAACUCUUGGAGAUGAUGGAGAACAAGGAAAAGGAUAUGGCCAAUAUUGAGCUUAAUUUGAAAAGUCUACGUCUGUGUAAUGCCGAUCUGAAGGAAGAUAAUAGCAACUUAAUUGAAGCUUUGAAGUCCACACAAGAUAAUUUCCAUAAAGAGUUUUCAAAUAUGAAAGUAUGCGAAAAGCGCAUGCGCGAACAGCAGGAUGCAUUGAGCCAAAUGCAACGCGACUUGAAGGAGAAGAAGAUCGCGUUGGCUGAUAAAUUGUGCGAGUUGGACGAUGCGCAACAGGAGUUGGUGAAGCUGCGCAAAAGCUAUGACACCGCUUGUCGUACGCUGCAACAGCUCUUGCAACGCGAGAAGCAGCAGCAACAAGAUGGCGUCAAUCGUGCCUUGAGCGACUCGGAGGCUUUACAAAAUCACUUGCAGAAAUGCGAUCAUGAGAAUACGAUCAAGAAUCUGGAAGCCGAAGUCAAGAAGAAGACUGCAGCCUUGCAGAAUCUCGUCAACAAUGAACUUUGGCAAAAGAAUCGCGAAAUCGAACGUCUCACAAAGUUGGUCAAUGCUAAUACGACGACGACAUCGCCACUCUCACCAACAGCCGCACGCAAAAAUCUUGAGUCCCUCCAAUUGCAGCAAUCAUUCACCGAAAGUGAUUACGCCAAAGCGCUGGAGCACAACAAGCUGCUACAACGUAAAGUGGAUGUGUUGAAUCAGCGUUUGAUCAGCGGACGUAGUAAUGAAGCGCUGAUCGAAGAAUUGCGCUUGGAAGCGCGCACAGCACGUGCCGAAGCCGACAAUGCAGAAACCUGUCGAGUCGCAUAUGCCAAAGUCUUCGGUGCGCUAUCGGAUCGUCUGUACGAGUUGGCCGGUUUCCUCAAUUCGCUUAUGAAGCACAAGGAGGUGUUGAGCUUCCUGUCAACGGAUCGCCGACGUGCCAUGCGCACGGCUGUCGACUGCAGUCUCGAUUUGUCGACAAGCAUACGUGAGACACUGACCACCGGCGAUCAAAGCUUUGAAGGUUUAAGCAAUUUAUCGCGCCUGCUAUUGGACGACGAUGAGCAUGACGUUGUUGGACUCACCAAUAAGACACUAAAUUCGCACGAACACUUGCGUGCGCGUCACUCCUUCGAUGUAUUGCGCUCGGAGAAUAAGGCAUUGCGUAAGAUAUUGGAUAGUCGCCGCAGUUGUGGCGGCACUGCGGACUAUGCGAAGGAUGCCAAAGACCGACGCUCAUUGCCACCAUUUUUGUUAGAUAAUCUGAGCGAAUCGGAGGCGUGGUCCGAACCAGAUCGUCAAGUGUCGAUGGCGCGCAUUGGACUGGAGGAGCACGGCGCUACAGCGACAAAUGUCUCAGUGAAGGACACGAUCAGCAAGCAAGCGCCAGCAACGGCCGACACGGACAGCGAGAGCGAAAGUGAUGCGUUGCAACAGAGCCGCACAACAAAACUGCGCAAUCAGGAGCGUAUUACGCAGCUGGAGAAGUUGAUAGCACAGCGUGAUGAGCGCAUCUUAAUGGUGCAGUUUCAAUUGGUCGAGGCUGACAACAAUCUGAAGAAAGAAUCUCUACGUGCCAUAACGCUGACGCAAGAAGUCGAACAGUUGCGUCAACGCAAUGAAGAAUUAAUCACCGAUCUGAUCGCGAUCGGCAGUGAGCCAUCCAAUGCUAGCAACGCAGCCAUCAACAGCUCGGUUAUACAGCGGCAGAUUGAUGAAAAAACGCGUGCCGUCGAACAACUGCAAGGGGAGCGUGAUCGUAUAGCGGUGGAGGCGCGACUCGCCGAAGUGCAAGUGGGCGCGCUGAAGGCCGACAUUGAAGACAUCAAGCAGAAGUAUGAAAUACAAUUGAAGUUGGCCAGCGAAAAGGAACGCCAACGCUUGGAUACGCUCAAGCAUGAAUUGGAGGAGCUCAUGCAACAACGCCUGAAGGAGCAGGAGCGUAUACACAAAGACACAUUGACGCGUGAAUGGAUUGCGCGCACCACUUACGAAGAGUGCAAAGCGCAACUAACCGAACUGCAAACACAAUACAUUGAGGCGCAACGCAACAUCGACUACCUGACGGAAAACGAGCAAGAACUCAAAGAAUCGCUGAUCACCAGCGAAAUGGAAGUGCGCAGCCUCAAAAAGCAAUUGGACGAAAGCGUGCUGCAAGCAUCCAAAUUUAUUACCGAACGCACAAAACUAUACAAUGAGAAGUUGCAAGUGGAGAAACGUUUAAUGGACUUGCAACAACAGCUGAGCUCAGCUGAAAGACAACACACGACAACAGCACAGCGUGUCAAAGAGCUGGAAGCGCUACAACAAACGCUGAACGAACAAUUGGCGCAAGCACAAUUAGCCUUGGCAGCUAAACGUCUUAAUGCCAGCGAUGCAUCUCAAUCGGGCUAUGCCUCGGACGAAGUGCAGAAGUCGAGUACGAAACGCGAAAGCAAUUCGUCGCCCGAUUUGGGUAUACACAGCGAUACGGGACGUGUGUCCAGCGUGGAAUUGUCCAAUCUGCAACGCUCGCUGCUAAAGACUGUGCCUAUGCCAAGCGGUGGUGAAAAGGUCACUCAGGAAGAUAUCAGAUACAGCAAACAGGAUAAGGGUAACAUCAACGCACUAGUGAGCAAGCGCCCACAACACAGUUCAUCCUCUGAUCUGGGUAUUGAGAGCGAUACGGGACGUACGUCCAGCAUGGAUAUCAAAAAUGAAUCCCCAACCCGCACAGAGACGGAUGACAGCAACACAGAAAAUAAGAUGAGUGUGGCGAACGUGAAUACGAGUGCUACCGCCACCGCUGGCGCCAACGCAGGCACCCACCCCAUACACGAUUGCAUUAAGGUAGAACAAGAAAAUGCCGAAUUGCGACGCAAACUCGUACAAACGAAGCGCGCAUUCGAAGAGACGUAUAAAAAAUUGCACAUUGCAAAUCAGCGUAAAGAAACCUUCCAGAAAGAGAUUAAAGAUCAAAUACUAAAAACGAAAAAUGUACUAAAAUAUGCGCGCCUACAUAUGGCUAAAGUGCAGCAACCUAAUGCACCGCAUCAUCAUGAAACCGAAGCACAUGAGCAAGAAACACAACACAAUCAACAACAGCAAAAACAACAUCAUCAUCAUCAACAACAACAACGUAAUGUAACAAAUGAUGGUGGCGCCAGCACGUCAAAAUCAAGUAGUGAUGCACCGCAUUAAUGUGCUAUUAUUGUUUUUGGAUGGUACAUCCAAAUACAUACGCACACACACACACUCACGCACAUACAAACAGCGAGAUUACUAAAUUUUAACGCCAAGUGAAUGUAACUAAUUGCACAUACAGUCAAUUAAUUGCAAUUGCACUCACUGCGCAUUAACCAUAUACACCUACACACAGACAAAUAUAUUUACAUGACAUACCUAUAUGCUAAUUUAGACAAAUAUUAGUUUAUUUAGCACUAAAUGCUUAGUUUUUAAGCUAAUUUUGUAGCAUUUAAGCACUUUACCCAUACAUACAUACAUACAUACAUAUUUAUAUAUAAGGAAGUUAUUUUUGUUAUUGUUUCAUUUUUGCUAUUCAACCUAUGCACAAUGUAUGUAUUUAUAAAAUUUGUUUGUAAGUUUUACUCGCGCCUAACUUUAAGUAAUUUAAUUAAUUAACUUCAUAUUUCCAUUAGCAUGACAUACACACUUAUAUAGACGUAUACAGCAUAUAUUAAUUAACAAAAUGUCCUAAGAAAAUUAGUUUAUAUUUAUAAUAUUAUUUUAGUAUAGUGAAGGCCUCAUAUUUCAUAUUUUUGCUUAAAUGUUUUAAGUUUUGCUUUGUUUAUUUGAAGAAAUCAGUUUGUUGCUUGAGAUUUUAUAAGAAAAAUAAUUUAAUUUAAUAAAAAAAAUCAACGCUGUUUUUGAAACAUUUUGGUUUUUAAGUAAAUGAAGCCCAGUAGUGUUUACAAAAAUCCAAAUUUUAUUUUUAUUUAUCUUAAUAAUUUUUUUUUAAUAACUAACAGCAAAAAAUAAUGUUCAUUUAUUCUUUAAAUGUUUUAUAUGGAACCAUCAAAAAUCAUUUUUUUUUUUAUUUAUUUUAAAGUUUUUUCUUUUUUAAUAACUAACAUCAGAAAAUAACUAAAAAAAACAUUUUUUUUCUUUAAAUGUUUUAUCCAUAACCAUCAAUAAAACGUUUAUUUGUUUAGAAAACAUUUAAUUUUUAACCUUUUCUCCUUAUACACACCCAAAAAAAAUCAGAAAAAACGCUACGAGUCCUCACAAAACUGACCAGAAAUCCUAACGAGUGCCAUUUUCACCGUUAACUGGAAAAAUAACGCGCCAUAUUUUGAAAUCACUUAUUGAAAUAUAAAUAACUUUUAAAUAAGAAUAAUAAUAUUAAUACAAAAAAGUAAUAAUAAUAUUAAUAGACAAAAAGAUGAACACAAACAAUUUAAUAAAGCAUAUAUCCUAAUUUAUAAUGCCAUUAAUUUAGUCUAUUAAUUAGCAUGUAUGGUACUAUGUAAUUUAUACUUUACAGAUGCAUAUAGCUAUAAUUUUAAUUUGUUAGUGUAUAAAACUAAUAUUUUAAGUAUGUUAAUAAUCCCUGCUAAAAGACUUAAAUACUAGUAAAUAAAAAAAUAUUUGUUUUAAUGGAAAAAACUUGGCUUGAAGCAAAUUUUAUUAAACAAUUUUAUU